AUGUCUGAUAGAGCAAAGAAAGCUCCUGAGCACAGGCAGCAGAUGUACAAAAAUCGUGGUGCUCUGAACCCGGAAGAGCACAGGCGCAGGAGGGAGGAUGUCGCUGUCGAAUUGCGCAAGCAGAAGCGGGAGGAGAAUAUCGCGAAGCGUAGGAACUUGAACAUUACGAGUGACCUCUCGGAAUCCGAGGAUGAAGGGAUGAGCUUUGGUGGCUCUGCUCCGGUAAGGAUUCGGAACGAUUCAAUUUUGGAUACGCAGGACAUGGACGAGAUGAUCAGGGGGGUCUUCUCAAACGAUGUGGAGGCUCAGGCCACAGCCACGGCACGAUUUAGGAAACUUCUGUCUAAAGAACAAAACCCGCCCAUCGAGGAAGUCAUUCACGCUGGAGUCAUCCCCAAAUUUGUGGAGUUCCUCCGCUCCCCCAACCCGUUGUUGCAGUUUGAAGCUGCCUGGGCUUUGACCAACAUCGCGUCCGGAGCUUCUCACCAGACUCAGGUCGUCAUGGAGGCCGGCGCUGUCCCUAUCUUCGUUGAGCUCUUGAGCUCGCAAAGUCCGGAUGUCAGGGAGCAGGCGGUUUGGGCGCUUGGAAACAUUGCCGGCGACAGCCCUGGAUGCCGGGAUUUCGUCUUGCGCGCCGGUGCUCUUCGCCCAUUGUUGCACGUCGUGAACGAGCCCACCAACAAACUGUCCAUGUUGCGCAAUGCUACCUGGACACUCUCCAACUUCUGCCGUGGAAAGCAGCCUCAGCCGGAUUGGGCCACGAUCUCCCCCGCUCUCCCAAUACUCGCGAAGCUGAUCCACGCAAACGACGAAGAAGUCCUCACUGACGCAUGCUGGGCCAUUUCUUACCUGUCCGACGGAGCCAACGAGAAGAUUCAGACGGUCAUUGAGACGGGUGUUUGCCGCCGUCUCGUUGAGCUGCUUCACCAUCCCUCUCCCUCGGUCCAGACGCCGGCGUUGCGUUCCAUUGGAAACAUCGUCACUGGUGACGACACUCAAACUCAGGUGGUCAUCAGCGCGGGGGCCUUGCCCGCUCUUUUGGGACUCCUUAGCAGUCCCAAGGAUGGCAUCAAGAAGGAGGCUUGUUGGACCAUCUCCAACGUCACUGCUGGAAAUGCCGCUCAGAUUCAGGCUAUCAUUGAGGCCAACCUGAUCCCUCCGUUGAUCAACAUCCUGAACACUGGCGACUUCAAGACCAAGAAGGAGGCGUGCUGGGCGAUCUCCAAUGCUACAUCCGGAGGUCUCCAGAGGCCUGAACAGAUCAAGUACCUUGUCUCGCAAGGCUGCAUCAAACCCCUCUGCGACCUCCUCGCAUCGCAAGACAACAAAAUCACCCAGGUGGCUUUGGACGGGUUGGAGAACAUUUUGAAGGUCGGCGACAUGGAACGUGUCCAAACCCACGGGCAAAACGUGAUGGCGAACUUCAUCGAGGAAGCCAUGGGUGUCGACAAGAUCUACAACCUCCAAUUGCACGACAACGCCGAGAUCUACAAGAAGGCGUACACCAUCAUCGAUAAGUACUUUUCGGAGGAGGAUGAGGACGAUACCGCCAUGGCGCCGCAGAUCGACCAGGCGACGGGGCAGUUCUCGUUCCCCAACACUGUCAAUGUCCCCACUGGAGGAUUCGACUUCUAA